AUGAGAUAGUAAUUCUAAUCCAAGUCCCUAUUAACUCAGAACGAUUUUUAUAACUUCUCAACCAAAUCAGAAUAUCUAGAUAGAUUUAGCAAUAUUAUAUCUAUUCUUAAAAUUCAAACUACUUUUUAAUACCUACAAUUAAAAAAAACAGAUCUAUAAUUCGAAGAAAUUUCAGUACAACUUAAGAAUUAUACUUCAAAAUCUAAAGUAUUUUUAAUAAAACCUCAAUAUAAUACUCACUAUCAUAUUUAAGAGGAUCUAAGUUAAUUUUCAAAAAAAUUAUAUCAAUAAUCAAAUCUUGCUUUAGAAAAUGUCUAAUUGAGAAUUAAUCUAAAAUGA